AUGUUUGCCGCGAAGGCGCGCCAGUGGUCGAUGGCGCACGGGGAUCCCAUCCCGGACGACCAGAAAGUUGCUUACCAAUACGCACCCGUCCCUACAGUUGCCAAACCUACCAGCAGCGAUGCCACGGCCGCCGCCGCCCCUGCCGCGUCCGGCUCGGAUGAGGCGCAGGCCGGCUCAGACGCGGCGAGCGCAAAGCAGCCCGCCAGCGCCACCGCGGCGGCGCCCGCGUCGCCCUUCGCCGCGCGCGCGCAGCAGGCGGCGCCGCCGGCGCCGCCUCUGCCGCCGGCGUUCACCGCCAACGGCAGCCUGACGCCCGCGAUGGCCAUGGCGGCGCAGGGCGCGCAGCAGCAGCCGGCCAUGUCGGGCUGGGUGGUGUGCAGCUGGCGGCUGUCAAACAUCACUGACUACGACAAAAUGGCGGAGCAGUGGAACGCGGCGCCCGUCAGCGCCAUGAUUACGAAGGAGGCACAGCUGCAGCCGCAGCAGGUGGAGGUGCUCACGACGGCCAACGUCAGCCUGGGGCUGCAGUUCACGGGGGUGUCCUUUGGCGCCGACGCUGGGAAGACCGUCAGAGCCCUCAAGGCGGCGUUCGCUGACCUGGCGCUCGGCUUUGACCCCGAGAUGAUCCAGGUGUCCCCGACACAGGGCGACGACGACGGCGACGAGAGCGGCGGCGGCAGCGGCAACGUGACGGCAGGCGGCGUCCCCGCCGCGCUGCGGCAGGGAGCGCAGGGCGAGGUGCUCGUGCCAGACGCGCUCAUGGCGAGUGUCGGCAGCGCCGUCGCCCCCGGCGGCGGCCGCCGCCUGCUCGCGCCGCGGCGCGCGCGGUGGCUGCUGCAGGCGGCGCCGGCGGCGGCUGGGGCCGCGCAGCAGUGGGGCAGCGACGCGUUUGCGUCGUACACGAGCCUGUCCCCCAGCAGUGUGCGCAUGCUGAUCAAGGCCCUCGAGCUCAACUGCGGGGAGCUGGCGCCCGGGGACCCGCUGCCAAGCAACUGCUCGUCCGUCUUCCGCUACAACCUCGGGAAGGCCGGCGUGCCCUUGGACGUGGAGGGCUUCCACGUGACCCUCAUCCACAACCAGUCGGUCACCGUCAACGUGCACCUCGCGGUCGGCCUCACCAAGGGCCAGGUUGCCGGCACCACUGACGAGCGCCUGGUCGGCUGGCUGGGCGACCCCAGCAACUGGCGCUCCCUGCUGACCGCGGCCGGCCUGGAGGGCGGGCCGGACGCCUCGUGGCUGCAGCGGCCGGUGGUGAUCAUCACGGACCCCUCGGCCAUUCAGUCAGCGCAGCGCGUAAACGUGGCGCUGGCCGUCGGCCUGGCGGUGCCUCUGGGCCUCUGCGUGGCAGCGCUGACCGCCGCGCUGGCGGCGCUGAUGCUGCGCAACCGGCGCGGCGCGGGCGCGGGCGCGGUUGCGGGCGCCAGCGCCGCAGCGGCGGCUGGCGGCGGCGGCGGCGACGGGCAGCAGCGCACCAAGGUCGUGUCGGCCCUCGCGACCCGCGCCGGCGGCGCGCCGCCCGCCAAGCGCCGCUACCUCGCGCCCGCGCUGCCCGUCUCCGUCGCGGGCGUCCAGCCCAGCAUCGAGGAGCUCGCGGCCGCAAACCUCCGCGGCGCCGGCUCUGCAGCUGGCGGCACCUCCGCGUCGGCAUCCGCUUCGGCGCCCGCGUCGGCGGGCAGCUCGGGCGCGCUCCUGGCCGAUGCCCCGGCGCGCGGGCUGCCGGACGGUUUUGCUGGCGCCGCGCUGGGCGUGCCUGACGCGGCGGGCGACCUGCGGCCGCGGCUGCAGUCGCUGGGGGACUCGGUGACGUCAGCGGUGAGGUUUGAGCUGGAGGAGCACGGCAGCGGGGUGCAGGAGGGCGAGAAUGAGGGCGCUGACGAGGCGGGCGCUGACGUGGCGGACGACACACGGCGGCGACGACGGUUCCGCCCUGAUGAGCCGCCGCACGACCGCGAGCGGCAGCGGCAGCCUCGGCGGCGCGAGUAG